UUGGCUCAGGGGUGUAGUGUAGUGGGCGCCGGGGCCCCGCGCCCGGCGCCCGGCGCCCGGAAGCCGGCGCCAUGAACAAGGUCAUUUCGGGCUACUUCGACAGUGCGCACCGGGGGCUGCAAAGGCAGCAGCAGGGCGAGAAGAUCUCCGGCUCGGGCUCGCAGGUCCAGCUGCCGCCCCUGCGGAACGAGGAGGUUUCGGAGUUCUCCAAGGAGGGCCACUCCAAGAGCUUCGGCUCGCUGGUGGAGCUGACCUCGGAGCAGGCGCGUGUGGGCAUCCAGUCCGACAAGUAUCAGCAGGUCUUGCAGGACAAUGCCAAGCUGAUGAAGAAGCUUCGAGAUAUACAGGAGCAACUGGCCAUCACCAGCGCGAAAAAGGAGGCCUUCAAGGCCCAGGCGCAGCGCCUGGAGAAGGAGUUCAAGAAGGGGCGCGAUCAGUCGGAGGCUUUACAGAAGGACCUACUAGAGGCCCGGAGGGAGGCGAGCCAGCUGAGCCGCGAGAGCCAGGAGGCGGCGUUUCCGGCGAAGCGGAGGCCGUGCCCCCGCGACGAUGGAAACCCCUGGCCCUUGGAAGACCACGGCCGCCGGGCGGAGGCCAUGCAGAUGAUGACGGAGAUGCGCAAGGCGCACAUCCAGGAGGUGCGGCUUCUGCAGCGGGGCCUCGCCGCGCGGGGCAACGGCGAGAUGAGGAACAAGGUGAACGAGGUGGCGGACCUGGUGGACAAGCUGGGCCGCGCGGUGCUGCAACGGGACGAGAACCUGCGGGAGAAGUCCAAAGCGCAGGUGCGGCUCGGCAAGGUGGAGGGAGACCUCCGCGCCAUCACAGAGGAGUGCACCCGCCUCAAGAGGCAGAACAAGUCCUUGAACGACCAGCUGAAGGAGGCCCAGCGCAAGGCGAGAUUCACGCCGCCCCGGGUGGACGGCGCGCCGGAGGACAGCGACGAGGAGUUCGAGCACGAGUUGCUGGCCUUUGAGCAAAGGUUCACCAUCCUGGAAGAGGGCCCGGCCGGCCUGGACAUCUUGGCCAGCAACCUCUCCAAGGACAAGCAGGGCCUGGAGAAGCGCCUGAAGCAGUCCCAGGAGACGGUGGGCUCUCUGACGUCCUCCGUGGCUGAGUGGAAGAGGUUGAGCGAGGAGCAGGACCUGCAAAUCGCGGACCUCAACACGAAGCUCGACCAGAUGAUGCGCGACCACGCCGCCAUGCAGGAGGCCAUCGCGCAGAAGCGCCGCGAGAUCGAGCAGCAGGUGGCGGAGGAGAAGGCCCAGCUGGAGGCCAAGGUGGUGGAGCUGCAGCUCGAGUGUGACAACGCGCGGGCCGUGUCUGAUGGCAUGGACAAGGCGAGUAACCGCGUGCAGAAGGAGCUGACGAAGGCCCAGGACGCCUUCACCGCGGCGCAGCAGAAGCGGGCGGAAGCCCACGGUGCCCCGGCAGAGACGGAGCCGGAUCCCUCCGGCGCCGGAGGCGGCGCUCCAGCGGCCGCGCCGGAGGCCGCGGCAGGCGAGGCGCCCAGUGCUGAACCCGGCAGUGCUGAACCCGGCAGUGCUGAACCCGGCAGUGCUGAACCCGGCAGUGCUGAAGGCGCGCAGCCGCAACCGGCAGAGCCGGCGACCACAGGCGCGCCAACCGAGCCGGCGGCCUCCGCGCCGGAGGAAGCGCCAGGCGAAGUGCUGGGUGAGGGCCGGGGCAACGAAGGUGGCGCCGGGUGAAUUGGCAGAGGCACGCCCUGCAGGCUUCGGCCCAAGGCGAAGCGCAGGCGGCGUGCUGGAAGAGCAAGCGAACUGUGUGUCACCCGCUUUGGAC